AUGGUCACCUGGGAAGAGCUGGAGCAGGCGAUUACUGAUGGCUGGAAGAAAGGGUCCCACAAGCAGGGGAAAGAGAGUGAGGCCUUUGGCGCCACCAAGUGGCCAUCUGGGAUCUCAGAGUCAUCAACAGGACUUCAGCGGCACAAAAGACAGAGUUCCAUAACAUCAAGUGACCUAAUUCCAAGUGGAGUCUCCACAAAGCAUCCAAGUGAUGACCAGGCUGUGGACUCUGCUGGUUUUAUCACAGACAACACCUUUUCAGGAAGCAGUGGCAUAGGAUACCCCUUCGAUGGGCCUCCUGGCAGGGAACGAAGCAGAGUUUCCUCUGCCACUGGGUUUCCGGCUAGAGAACAGCACUUAAGGGCCCGUGAUGAAGCUGGCCUGGCCAGACCCCAUCCGCCAUCUACGUCCCAGUUGAGGGCAGAGCCAGAUCGCCGCCGGUCUAGAGAGAAGCACAGCUCAGGGCAUCUACGCAGAGAUGAACGGGAUGCCCACCUUGGCCCAGUGUAUCAGGAUGUGUCCUUGCCCAGAGAUCAACACCCUCAGAUGUCCCCAGAUCAGCACAGGGGAGUGUUUGCUAGCCAAGGCCACCUCUAUGCAAGGCCAGAUCAAUAUGGAUUCGGAUCGUUUGAUUCAGAUCAGCUUGAAUUGCUGUAUCCCAGCACUUACGUGCCUGGCAUGGUUCCCAUCAGUGUGGAUCAGGUUGGAGUGAUGCUGCCUGGAAUGGAUGAGCAGGAAUUGGUACUAGCUGGCAUGGCUCAGAGUGAUGCGGUGCCACCAUUGGCACAUGGCAGAGAUCAGCCAGGAUCAGAACAGCCUGGUACAGUUCCGCUUAGCACAUAUCAACUUCCUGGAAUGGAUGAGAGUGGUAUGGGACCACUUGGCACAUAUCAGUCUGGGGUGGUACCUCUUGGUGUAGAUCAGCAUGGAUUUGUAAUAUAUCCCAUGGAUCAGCAAGUUUUUGUACAGCCCAAUUUGGGAACAUCUGGCUUCAUACAACCUGGCACAGAGCAGCAUGAAAUGAUCCAGCCCGGCGCAGGCCAGGCUGGUGUGGUGCAGCCCGGCGCGGGCCAGGCAGGUGUGGUGCAGCCCGGCGCGGGCCAGGCUGGUGUGGUGCAGCCCGGCGCGGGCCAGGCUGGUGUGGUGCAGCCCGGCGCGGGCCAGGCUGGUGUGGUCCAGCCAGGCGCGGGCCAGGCUGGUGUGGUCCAGCCCGGCGCGGGCCAGGCAGGUGUGGUGCAGCCCGGCGCGGGCCGGGGGGGGCGGGCGGGCCAGGCUGGUGUGGUCCAGCCCGGCGCGGGCCAGGCUGGUGUGGUGCAGCCCGGCGCGGGCCAGGCUGGUGUGGUGCAGCCCGGCGCGGGCCAGGCUGGUGUGGUGCAGCCCGGCGCGGGCCAGGCUGGUGUGGUGCAGCCCGGCGCGGGCCAGGCUGGUGUGGUGCAGCCCGGCGCGGGCCAGGCUGGUGUGGUGCAGCCCGGCGCGGGCCAGGCUGGUGUGGUGCAGCCCGGCGCGGGCCAGGCUGGUGUGGUGCAGCCCGGCGCGGGCCAGGCUGGUGUGGUGCCACCCGGCGCGGGCCAGGCUGGUGUGGUGCAGCCCGGCGCGGGCCAGGCUGGUGUGGUGCAGCCCGGCGCGGGCCAGGCUGGUGUGGUGCAGCCCGAUCAGCCUGGUUUCAUGCAGCCUAGAAUGUAUCCACGAGGUUUGGUGCCACCUAGAAUGUAUCAUCGAGGUUUGGUGCAGCCUGGUGUGGGUCACCCUGGUCUGGUGCAAUCUGGUGCAGGUCAAAUGGGUGUGAUCCAACCCAGUGCAGGCCAGCCUGGUGUGGUGCAGCCUGGUGCAGGUCAGGCUGGUGUGGCGCAGCCCAGUGCAGGCCAGGCUGGUGUGGUGCAGCCCGGUGAAAGUCAGGCUGGUGUGAUCCAACCCGGUGCAGGCCAGGUUGGUGUGAUCCAGCCCGGUGCAGGCCAGGUUGGUGUGAUCCAGCCUGCUGCAGGUCAGCCUGGGUUGGUGCAACCUCAAGUGGAUCAGUAUGGUUUAGUACAGCCUGAUAGAGGUCGACAUGGCUUUUUUCAACCUAAUAUAUCUAUGCCUGGCUUGGUCCCACCUGGGGCAUAUCCUCCUGGUCUGGUCCAGACUGGUGCCUAUCCAGGUGGUUUGAUCCAACCUGGGGCCUAUCCACGUGGCUUCAUGCAGCCUGGUGCCGAUCAGCAGGGUUUGGUUCAGCCUGUAAUAGAUCCACAUUGGGGGAGGCAAUCUGGCACAGGUCGAAGCAUAAUACCACCAGGCACAGAGCUUCUCGGGUUUCCAACAUACCGUGCCGAUUUUCGAAGUUUCACAUCACCACGCCCAUACCAGCAAGGUGUGGCACCUCCUGGCAGGGAUCAGUAUGGUCAGGUGUCAUCACUCCUAUCCAGUCAAGGUCUGACACCAUCAGGUACAGACCGAGAAGCUUUGGUACUACGAGAAAUGUAUCGACAAGGUUUGCAGCAGCGUGGCCCAAGACCAUUAAGCACAGCUGUAGGAUCUGCACCCCAGGAUCAACAGCAUUUGGAAACACCUGAACCAGAGCAGCGUGACCAGGCUGUUCCCGACUCUAUCCCAGACUCCCAGGGCCUAAUGUAUGGUGGCCCAGGGUAUCAAGGUGUAGAUCAGCACGUCCAGGUAGGUGUGGGUCCAAAAGAACUAUAUGUUUUAAGCCAACCUGGAGUUUCUAUUCAGACUUCCCCAGGCCAAGAGGCCCCCGUUCCCAAGAGCACAUACUCCCUUGACUAUCUGGACCGAGGCUCAUCCGAAAGGAGUGAUACUCAGAGUGAGAGACGUGAGUCACUGGAUAAACUGGCUCCCAGCUUCCCCAUGGCCGUGGAAACAUUUCGUAUGAUGGGAGAGAUUAUUGCCCUCUACAUGGAGCUUAAGGAGAACAUAAAGGACCUGAAUGAGGAACAGGCUGGCCUAACGGACUUGGAGAAGAUCCAGUACCUGCUGGCACUGAUGGUCAAGAAGUCCAUACCCCCUGACCUGCAGGAACAGCUGAAGACCUUAAAGGCCUUGACCAAAGAAAUUCAACAAGAAAAAGCAAAAAUGGAGAAGAUGAGCAAGAUCCUGGAGGGUCAUGGGGAGAAAGAAAUAGGAAAGGAGGAGAAAGGUAGCCCGCUGAACCUGCAGCUGGGUAUCCUCAGAGUCACCAUGGCCGACAUCGAGAAGGAGCUGGGUGAGCUGAGGGAGAGCCAGGAGAAGGGCAAGGUCAGCAUGGAACAUUCGGUCUCCGAAGCCUCCAUUUACCUGCAGGAUCAGUUAGACAAGCUCAGGACGAUCAUUGAGAACAUGCUGGCCUCGUCCUCCACGCUGCUGUCCAUGAGCUUGAACAUGGCCCCGCACAAGCCCCUGACCACCCUGGCCCCCAGCCAGAUUGACCCCGCGGCCACGUGCCCGGCCUGCAGCCUGGACCUGAGCCACCAAGUCAGCAUGCUGGUGCAGCGCUAUGAGCAGCUGCAGAACAUGGUCAGCAACCUGGCUGCCUCCCGGCCCUCCAAGAAGGCCAAGCUGCAGAGCCAGGAUGAAGAGCUGCUGGGCCACAUCCAGAGCGCCAUCCUGCAAGUGCAGGGCGACUGCGAGAAACUCAGCAUCACCACCAGCAACCUCAUUGAAGACCGUCAGCAGAAGCAGAAGGACAUUGACGUGUUGUACCAGGGUCUGGAGAAGCUGGAGAGGGAGAAGGCCAACAGGGGACACCUGGAGAUGGAAAUCGGCGUGAAAGCCGACAAGAGUGCCCUGGCGGCCAAAGUGAGCCGCGUCCAGUUUGAUGCCACCACGGAGCAGCUGAACCGCAUGAUGCAGGAGCUGGUGGCCAAGAUGACAGGGCAGGAGCAGGACUGGCAGAAGAUGCUGGACAAGCUCCUGGUGGAGAUGGACAGCAAGCUGGACCGCCUGGAGUUGGACCCUGUGAAGCAGUCGCUGGAGGAUCGGUGGAAAUCCUUGCGACAGCAGCUCAAAGAGCGCUCUCCACUCUACCAGGCGGACGAGGCAGCCGCCAUGCGGAGGCAGCUCUUGGCACACUUCCACUGCCUCUCGUGUGACCGUCCCCUGGAGACAGCCGUGACUGGACAAGUCAUCCCCAUGACUCCUGUGGGCCCCUGCCUGCCCGGGCACCGCUCUGUCCGCCCCUACACGGUCUUUGAACUGGAGCAGGUUCGGCAGCAGAGCCGCAACCUGAAGCUGGGCAGCAGCGGCUUCCUGCGGGGGGACCUGGGGCAGGUGGAGCGGAGCGUGGGGCGCCUGCGCACCAUGCACUCCAAGAUGCUCCUGGACAUCGAGAAGGUGCAGAUCCACUUCGGGGGCUCCGUCAAGGCCAGCAGCCAGAUGAUCCGCGAGCUGCUGCAGGCCCAGUGCCUCAGCUCCCCCUGCUACAGACGGCUGCCAGACAUGGCUGAUUACAGCUACUCCUCCGCGCCCCGGCCCUGUGGGGGCAGCCACACCCUCACCUACCCCUACCGGCGCAUCCGCCUGCAGCACCUUUCGCAGGGACUGUACCCCACCGAGGAGAUCCAGAUCGCCAUGAAGCACGACGAGGUGGACAUCUUGGGCCUGGACGGACAUAUUUACAAGGGACGGAUGGACACAAGGCUACCGGACCUCCUGAACAAAGACAACGCGGGGAUGAAGCAUAAGGCCAAGCAGUCCCGGGCACACGGGCCUCGGCAGCAGUCCCUCAGCAACAGCGGCCAGCUGCCCUCGCGGCCUCAGAGCGCCCAGACGCUGGCUGCCAAAGACUCAGCUCCUUCCCAUCAUCAGAAAGACAGACCUGUCUCCACCGAGGGCCGCCUUUCCCAGCUGAACCCAGCCCACCUACCCGGCGAGACGGCAAACCUGCCAGCGGGGCUGGACGUGCACAGGGAUGCACCUCCUGGGGAGGGGCUCGAGGAGCCCACCCGGGGGCCGCGGUCCACCUCUGCUCACUGAGCAGAGCUAUAAAUAAAUGCUUAGGAGAAAGCUCGGGGCCAUGAGGCUCCUCUGGUCCUGAUUCAGGUGGGACAGUGGACUUCUUGCAGCCUGACGGACGUGGCUCUCCCAAACAGGGCCAGCUGUUCUCUGAGGGCUCCAGGGCUUCAAGAGGACUGAGUAUAGCACCCAGGGUGGGGAGGCGGCAGCACAGGCCAGACCCCAGGCCCCGGGGACUGGCAGGCCUACAGGGGGUUGGCCCUCUCUCGACCUUGGCUGGACCAAGUGCUAAGGCCUUCUCUGGCACAGGCACCGCCUUCCCUCUGGGUAAGUGCCCAGGGCCCUCUGGAGGGUUUAGAUGCUUCAGGUCCGUGCUCUGCUCAGGCUGUACCCUGGGGUGAAGGUUUAAGGGUGGCUGCCAGCAGGCUUCUGGCACAUCCUGGGGAAGAUGGGGCCACCAGCACCUGGGAAGGUUCCUGGUUGCCAUCCUCUCCAGCUUGCGAAACGAGGGGCUUACCCAGGUGGUGCUGGUGGUAAAGAAUCUGCCCGCCAGUGAAGGCGAUGCGAGACGCGG